AUGGCUAGUCAACCUCAUAUGACUACUAAUGAGGCAAUUGACUUUCUUAGAGAAGAGUUUAAUCUAGUGUUGCAUCCGAAGAUGGUCUACAGGGCAGUGAAAGAGGUCAAAGAGAGGAUUAUGGGAAAUGAAAAGGAACAAUAUGGGAAGCUUAGGGACUAUGCCAUGGAGAUCAUUAAGAGUAAUCCGGGCUCGACUGCAAGAGUUGAUGUGAUCCCAAUCCCUCAAUCCCUACUUGUCUUUGACAAAAUAUAUAUCUCCUUUGAGGGUUGUAAGCAAGGCUUUCAGUCUGGGUGUAGGCCUUUCAUCCAUCUAAAUGGAGCAUUUUUGAAGACAUACCAUGGAGGCCAACUACUGUCAGUGGUGGCACAGGAUGCGAAUAACCAAUUCUAUGGUCUGCUACCAGCCUUAAAGGAGGUAAUGCUGAGAGCACAUCAUCAAAAUUGUGUCAUGCACAUGUGGAAAAACUUCAUAAAUAGGUUCAAAGAUAUGCACAUUAGAGAUAUAGUAUGGGACUCUGCUAGGUGCACUACUGAACCAGAGUUCAAAGAGACCAUGGAGAAGCUGAAGGGGGUGAAUAAGGCGGCAUGGGAGUAUCUGAUGAGGUUUGAACUAGCCACUUGGGUUAAGGCUUUCUUCAGUCAUGGCCCCAAGGUGGAUAACCUAACUAACAACCUGUGCGAGGUAUUUAAUGCAAAAGUGGUUAAAUACAAAAUGAAGCCAGUUUUGACUAUGUGUGAGGAAAUUAGGUGCUACCUAAUGCGGAGAAUGACCAAGCAUAUUAGGCUGUUAGAGCACCAUAGUAGAAAGCUUGCACCCAUUCAGGAGAAAAGGUUGCAGAGGCUGAUAAAACCCAGCAGCAGGUGGAUUACCGAAUGGGUGGGAGAUAACGAACGAAAAAGAUUUCAAGUUAGCAGAAAGCAAACCAAAGUAGAUGUCGAUUUGAUCAAACACACUUGUUCAUGCAAUGUUUGGCAACUGACCGGCAUGCCAUGCAUUCACGGUAUUGCUGCAAUUAGAAAGAGGCAUGACCAGGUAGAUGAUUAUGUGCAUCACUGGUUAUGCAUGGAAUCUAUUCACAAGACAUAUGCACAUUGCAUAAAACCAGUUCCAAGUGAGGAAUUUUGGAUAACCACUGACCAGCUGAGGCCUGCUCCACCACCCAUCAAGCGACCUAUUGGGAGGCCUAAAGUACACAAUCGCAACAAGGAUCCUGCUGAGACUCAUAUUCAGGGUGACAAGCUUAAGAGAAGCUUUCAAGUGACAUGCAGCAAGUGCAAUGAGAAAGGCCAUAACUAUAAGACAUGUAAGGGAGCACCAAGCAACCCAAACUGGAAAUCAAAAAAGAAAAAAGCUAAGAAGACUGAUGCAAACACAGAACCCUUGGAUCAAAGCCAGACACAUACUGAAAGUUUGGCUGAGAAUAGUGCUGUGCAAGAGAAGUCUCCAAAUGCUGCAGCAACAACACCAUCUGCUCCAGUCCAACCUCCAUUCAGGCCUCCAUCCCAACUGCCAAUAAUGGGGCAACCCAAAACCCCAACUGCUGCCUCCAAAUUCAGACCCAAGCAGACAAUCAGAAGGCCCCAAACAAGUGCAAAUCCACCUUCAAAUUCACCUUCAACUCCACCCCCAGAUACAACCCAGACUCAAAGUACCAGUGCCAGUGUCGCUACAUCAGAGGAGACCUUGAAAGUCACUGGCAGUGAGGCCAUAGGAAUGAAUUUCAUCCCAACUCUUGGAUCCAAGAAUCAGAAGAACUGA